ACGAUAGUUUCUAGCAGUUAUCGUUUUGAUAAACUGUUUACUUUUUGGUUUCUGAGAUUCCCGAACAUCUUCAAUCUCAGAAUUUCCAAAAAAUAAUUGUUAUAAUUGCAUUUAGCAUAAUUAUUUUCGACACUGCUUUAGUAUUCACUGUGAUAUUAACAAAUUACACUGCAUUAGACUUCGGUUUCCAUUGGCAGAAAGGUGGAACUUGCACCUUAUCCUGCCUAAUUUCUGCAUUAAGACUACACACUGUCCGGAUAAUUGAACAGAAUGGACCAGCAACGGUUCCGAACAGGCGAGCGAAUAAAUAAUAUCUCAACGAAUACUUUCCAAAUCUGGGAAACGACAGUUCGUCUGGCACGAAUUCGUACACUAAUGGAUCACCUUUGCGCUGCCAAUGAUGAGAAUGAUGAACUAAUUUAUUGCCUACGGGAACCAAAUGAACCUGUUGAUGACACACAGGAAAAUGGCAGCAAUGAUACGGAUCCUGACGAGGAAGACGGUUCGAUAAAUUCAAUCAUCAAGGAUAUCCGCUCGAGACCAAGAACCCGGGGAGCGGUGAAAAUGAUAUUCUACAAUCGAUUGGCGAUAAUUUCAGAAAAGCUGACCCAGGAUAUAAAAUUCCGAUCAGAAAACGCCGAGUUCUUCGAUGAUCUGGAAUUGGUGUUAAGUCGAAUGAGUGAUGAGGCGGCUGAAAUUACUAAGCGAGAGAUAAUGAAAUAUCUGGCGGAAGCGAAGGAAAGACUAGCAAAAAAGGACCGGGAACGACAACUGCAGCAACAGCAAAGUGUAGGGUCUUCUAACGCCAGUCUAGCAGGUUCCAGCAGUUCGACAUUUUGAAAUAAGGUGUUAACUUUCCGGACAGAAAUAUUCUAAUCAAAAUUCCUCCAACCGUGUACUCUAUACUUCGAACGGAGAGUAUAAUUCAAGGUGAAUGAAGCCUGUUUAGCGCAAAGAAAAUUUCGAGGAGAACGAAUGAUCUACUCCACUCUAAAUGUAAUUCGUUUUACCAUUUAUCUUAACUUCUUUAUUGUCAGUUUUUACGCCUUUUUUUAACUAUAUAUUUUCUCAGACUUGUUUAUUUAUGAUUGUUUGAAGACUUGUCCCAUUACAAAUGAUUAAUAGAA